CAAGCGGAGUCAGUUCUGGAGAUCUCGCGAGAGUUGGCGUCUUCACAUACGUGGCUUUUCUGUGCGCACUUCCGGUUUGGGUGAAUCGCUACUAGCCGUCAACAUGGAGCUGGAGGCCAUGACCAGAUACACGAGUCCGGUGAACCCGGCUGUGUUUCCUCACCUCACCGUGGUGCUGCUCGCCAUCGGCAUGUUCUUCACAGCGUGGUUCUUUGUCUAUGAGGUAACGUCCACAAAAUACACACGAGACAUAUACAAGGAGCUGCUCAUCUCACUGGUCGCGUCACUCUUUAUGGGCUUCGGCGUUCUCUUCCUGCUGCUUUGGGUUGGAAUCUACGUGUGAAGGUUGCAGAUUGAGAAGAACAUUCCAGCGGCUCUGCAUUACCUCAGUGCUUAUAGACACACACACACACACACACACACACACACGGAUGAGGAUUGGACAUUGCACUGGCAGCAUGUUGACAGUUUGUGGUUUGACUUCACCAAUAAAACUGUUUUGUAAAAAUUU